CCUCUUAUUAUAUAUAGACACAUUACAAAGCAAUCAAACAUCAAUAUUCACAACUCAUAAGUAACAAACAAUUCAUCAACUAUUAUAAAAAUUGUUACUCUCUCAUCAAAGAAAAAGAUGAUGAACACAACAAUUGUAGCUACGUCAAUAAUGGUGAUGAUGCUGAUAAUGGGAAUGGAGAACAUUUUGGUUCAAGCAAAUCGUCCCAUGUGUGAAUUUUCGGGUAAAUGUGGUCGUCAUGAACCUUCUCCGUCUCCUUUUCCUUCAGAAUUUUCUUCACCAUCAGAAUCUCCUUCUCCUUCAGAAUCUCCUUCUCCUUCAGAAUCUCCUUCUCCUUCAGAAUCUCAUUUACCAUCAGAAUUUCCUUCUCCUUCAGAAUCUCCUUCUCCCUCCGAAACUCCUUCUCCUUCAGAAUCUCCUUCUCCUUCUCCAAAUUUCUUUUCUUCUUCACUAAAUUCAGAUGGAAAUGUUUUCUUUUGCAAGUUUGGUUGUUCUAUUCAUCAUUGCUAUCAUCUUGGUAUUAACUCAAAAGACGCCGAGGAGUUUGACGCAUGCGUCACAAAAUGUUCGAAUACAUGCAAGAAAAGCAACAACAUACAUGUAUAAAUUAAUAAAGAGCAAACGAUUACUUAGCUCCUAGUAUGUUUCUUUUUCUUGCUCAUGGCAUGGAGAAUCAAAUGUAUCUUAUGAUCAUGAUGUUUUGUAUGAGACAUAGUAAAAUAAAACAACUAUUAAAUUAAUAAUGGUAUAUUUCGU